AGGAGUGGGCGCGUGAGGACGCUCGUGCGAGCACUGAAUCCGGGUUUUUAUGAUGGAUAAGCGUGUUUUACUCCCUGCGCCGUUUCCUUAACCUGACAGGAGUCAUGCGGAGCUACAUCGGCAGCUGCUUCUCCAUAGUUUGCCUGAUUUUGUCGUUUUGGACUGAGGUGUGCCGGUCGUCCGGGUAUCUCGAGCUCCGUUUGGAGCGCGUGGAGAACAGCGGCGGGCGUCUCGCGAGCGGGCGCUGCUGCGGAGGCGAGGGCGCGUGCUUGUGCCGCACGUAUUUCCGCGCGUGCGCCAAGGAGUACCAGGUGGAGGUGACCGAAGGAGGGCCGUGCAGCUACGGCAGCGCGAGCAGCGGCGUGCUCGGUGGAAAUUCCUUUCAGCUCGAGAACAGCCGGGAUAAACACAGCGAGGCGGGAACCGCGCUCAUCCCGUUUGGGUUCGCCUGGCCGCGGGCGUUCACUCUGAUUGUGGAGGUGUGGCACUGGGACAACAGCACGAUCAUCAAUAAUGACAAGGAGGAUUUGUUGAUGGAGCGGAGUGUGUAUCGUGGAGAGAUGAACCCCGGAGACGAGCGACAGGUGAUCUCACACAACGGCCUGACGGUCAGCUUCCAGUACAGCGUGCGCGUUCGCUGCGACCGCCAUUACUACAGCAACAAGUGCAACAAGCAGUGCCGUCCACGGGACGACUACUUCGGCCACUACGAGUGCGAUCACCUCGGCAACCAGCAGUGCCUGGAGGGCUGGACUGGGCCUGACUGCACAAACGCUAUCUGUAAGCAGGGCUGCAGUGAGUCGCAUGGAAGCUGCUCUGCACCAGGGCAAUGCACGUGUAAUUACGGCUGGCAGGGUCCGCUGUGUGACGAGUGUCUGCCGUAUCCAGGAUGUGUUCAUGGCACCUGUGUGAAGAAAUGGGAUUGCAUCUGUGAGAAGAACUGGGGAGGCCUGCUGUGCGAUAAAGACCUCAAUUACUGUGGAAACCACCGGCCGUGUGUGAACGGGGGGACGUGCUUGAACACGGAGCCUGAUGAGUACCGCUGCGAUUGCCCUGAGGGAUACUCGGGCAAGAACUGUGAGAUAGCGGAGCACGCGUGCAUGUCCAACCCAUGUGCCAACGGCGGGACGUGUCACGAGGUGGCGUCCAGAUUCGAGUGCCACUGUCCCCCUGGCUGGACGGGUCCUACCUGUGCUAAAGAUAAAGACGAGUGUAUGUCUAGUCCCUGUGCACACGGCGGCACCUGCAUUGAUCUGGACAACGGCUUUGACUGUGUGUGUCCACCACAGUGGACGGGGAAAACCUGCCAGAUAGAUGUGAAUGAGUGUGUGAAGAGGCCUUGUCUAAAUUUUUACUCUUGUAAAAAUCUGAUUGGUGGAUAUCACUGUGCCUGCUACCCAGGCUGGAAGGGAAAGAGCUGUAACAUCAAUAUCAAUACCUGUUACGGCCAGUGUCAGAAUGGUGGCACAUGCAAGGAUGAUCGCCAUAGCUACCUGUGCCAGUGCCAGCCAGGGUUUGUGGGUAAACACUGUGAGGUGCAGCAGAGCAGGUGUGCGAGCGCCCCAUGCCAGAACGGUGGGCAAUGCUGGACGACACACAACAGCUACGAGUGCCAUUGUUCACCUGGAUACACGGGGAAGACCUGUCAGGAGCAGGUAGACCCGUGCACUCCUAACCCUUGCCAGAAUAAAGCUCAGUGUCAUGCUCUGCAGGGCGACUUCUACUGCGCAUGUGCCGAUGAAUAUGAAGGGAAAACCUGCAGCGGGCUGCGAGAUCACUGCAAGACCAGCCCCUGCCAAGUGAUUGACAGCUGUACCAUUGCUGUGGCGACCAAUGCCACGGAGGAAGGGGUGUGGCACAUAUCGUCCAAUGUGUGCGGCCCUCACGGUCGCUGUAUCAGCCAAUCGGGAGGCAACUUUACAUGCGCGUGCCAACCUGGGUUUACAGGGACAUACUGCCACGAGAAUAUUAACGACUGCGCAUCUUCUCUGUGUCGAAACGGUGGAACGUGUCUGGAUGGAAUCGGCGCCUUCCAGUGUCUCUGUCCCGAUGGCUGGCAGGGACAGCUAUGUGAGCAGGAAGUAAACGAGUGUUCGUCUGGACCCUGUAUGAACGGUGGUCUUUGUUUGGACCUGCUCAAUGACUUCUACUGUCAGUGUUCUGACAACUGGAAGGGCAAAACCUGUCAGUCACGAGAGAGCCAGUGUGACUCCACUACCUGCACUAACGGUGGAACAUGCUACGAUCAUGGAGACUCAUUCCGCUGCGUGUGCCCAUCUGGCUGGGGGGGCAUUACCUGCAACUCAGCAACAAACAGCACAUGUGACUCUCAGCCGUGUGCCAACGGGGGAACAUGUGUAGGAAGGGGCGGAGCUUUCACCUGCAUCUGCAAAGACGGAUGGGAGGGCCCUGACUGCACUCUGAAUGUUGACGACUGCAAUCCUCAUCCCUGUUAUAACGGCGGCGUUUGUGUGGACGGUGUGAACUGGUUCCGCUGUCAAUGUGCUCCUGGAUUCGCCGGACCUGACUGUCGCAUCAAUGUCGAUGAGUGUCAGUCCUCUCCCUGUUCUUAUGGAGCAACUUGUGUUGAUGAGAUUAACGGCUAUCGCUGUGUGUGUCCUCAGGGCCGAGCUGGACCUCGCUGUCACGAAUUUAUUGGUGUUGGUAAGGGCUGCCAGCACUCAGGCAUGAUGGUUCCACAUGGAAGCCGAUGGGAAGACGACUGUAACACUUGUCGGUGUAUUAAUGGAAAUACCAAAUGCACAAAGGUGCAUUGUAGUAGUCGGCCCUGCCUAUUGGACACAAGUUCUGUUGCAGCACAGCGCCACCUUUGCCCUGGAGGACAGAAGUGUUCAGAGUGCACAGAGCAUCACUCCCUUACCUGUCUCCGCCCACCUUGCCAUCAGUGGGGCAUAUGCUCCGACCCAUAUGAGCCACCAGUCAACACCAACUGCCAACCUAACAACAAUUACCUAGACAAGGACUGUGCACGUGUUACCCUUAUAUUCGAUACAAAUAGCCUGCCACAGGGAACGACUGUGGAGGGCAUCUGUUCAGAACUAAGAUACCUGCCAAGCACUCGAACCCUCGCUGAAGACCACGCCCUCUUUAUUCUGUGUGAACAGUCCCCCUCUAGCAGCAAUGCUGUAGAGGUUGCUAUGUCAUUUCAACAGUCUUCUGCACCGGAGGAGCAAGGAGAUAUACAGCAUGUGGUCAGUUCCAUCAUCAGCGUUUUGUCCAGACGUCACAACAGCACACUGCUUCUGGCCAUACGAGAGGUCAAAGUUGAAGCACAGGCCAUGCACCCCUCAGUGGAUUACCUGGUUCCACUGCUCUGCGUGCUGUUUUCUCUGCUGUGGAUUUCCUGCAUGGUGGUGUGCAUCUGCUGGUUCCGCAAGCGCAGGAAAGCGAGAGAAAGGACCAGCGCUCCAAUAGAGGAGAGCACCAAUAACCAGAGGGGGCCACUACUGGGCGCUCAGUCACCCCAUAAAGACAACGUAGACAGUCGAGAGGAAAGCAAAAGCCUUAUGUACCCCCUGGACAGGGUCGGAGACGGAGCGGAGAAAGAGCACGAGGAUGAGGAUGGAGACGAGAAAGGUGGGCAAGGCCUAGUGGUGGAUAAGUGCCCUUCUCUGAAGUACACUAAAGGGGAAGUAGUGUACACCAUUUGCACCCAGACACAGCCCACAAGGACUCACUACAGCAGUAAGGACAACCGAUGUAAGAACGUGAACAGCUCUGAACAGGUGAUAGAUCACUACGUAUGAGCAGCACGACGAGAAAACGAAACAUUGAACGUUGAGUUUUGACACUUUUGUCCAGAAGCAGAGCCGUCCACUUUUUCAACCCCCCUUUCUUCUGUUUACACUUGCGUUUGCUUUUUGUAAAAAGGAAAACAAAAAAAACACAAAAAGACUUUAAAGACCCUAAAGGCAGCUUCCAUUUAGUUUUUGCCUACGUCUUGAUCUGCCUUACGUUGAGCUCGUGUGAAGCAUUUUUUCCAGCACUUGAGUUUCAGUUCUCGAGGAAAGAUACUCAGCUUGUAUAUUUGGUCAGAUAGAGCAGUUUCACUCGGAUGGUUAGUAGUAACGAAUGAUUUACGGAAUUUUUCCGUUUUUCAAAAAUUCACCAUCCUGAAUGUCCUGUGGGAAAUUCUGGUGCUGGGUCUUUUUUUGAAUGUUUUAAUAUGUUUUUUCUCAGUUCUCAACACAUUUCUCUAGCUUUUUGUUCCUUUUUAAACACUACGUAGAACCUAUUUGCAGAGAAAUACUAUGUAAGAAAUAAACAAAUGUACAUAUGUAAAUAGAAAAAAGUUAUAGCUGUGUAUAUUUGAGUUUAGUAACUUAAAAGGCUGUUUUUUUAUUAAUAAUUUCUAUGAUUAAUAUUUCUGUUUUUACUUUGCUUUUACUUUUUAUAUGGCAUUGCUUUUAUUUAUGUUGGUCAAAAAAUUUCAGCAUUUUCUAUUGUUUAUAUUUGCAUCAAAGGGCUAAAUGGGGCCUCUUGCUGUACCCACUGGAGCACUCCCGUUAUCGUGGUGUUUAUGUAUAAAUGUAUUUGUUUUGUUGUAAUAUAUGUAAAGUCAACACACUAAACUGAUUAGACUUUAAGAGGAUGCGUAAUUGAAAUGGCUCGGCCAGAGAAAUACAAGCAUUUUAGAUUUAAAACGUAAAAAAACUUAAAAAGGUUCAUUUCAGUUAAAUUUCCUGCUAAUUCAGAAGAAAGUCAUCUGUUCAAGGAGAUGCUUGAUUUUUCCACAGAACAAUUGUAUUUUUUUAUGGUCCUGUUUUAGAAUUGAGAUCAAAGAGUUUUUUGUAUUUUAUUGCAAUUUUGUGACGGUUCGAGAACGUAUGACAAAUUUUGUCAUUUUUUGUUUUUUACGUCAUCCCCAAACCUCAAUGUCCAACAACAAACAAUCCCUGAACUAGUCUUAAAAUUUCAGUCAUGGUAAAAGAACCAUCCCAGUUCCUACAAAAUAUUUUGCAUAAUUGAAAAAUUUCCAAUAAUACAAUGUCACACAUAGUAAAAUAAAACUGGUGUAGCUGAUUUAUUUUCAUCCAGUCGAAAUUUCUGGAAAUGUUCGUUUUUUUCUCUUCUCCGUUUCAUACAUGAAGGGAACAAUUUAAUUUUUAGAUUUUGUUUCAUUGCCCAAUAUGGUCUCUUUACGAAGCCAAACAGGAUUAAGAAAGUUAAUAUGAUUUACGUGAAUUACCUCAGAUGUGGCAAUAAAUAAAACGUAUCGUCUCUCUGGA